CAGAUCAGUUUCUUACAGCGUGGCUCAGCCGGCAGACAUGUUUUCGAAAAUGCGAUCAAUUAAUUCUAAUAUAUUAUGGUUUAUUGCUUUUGUGGCACUCUUUGAGAUAAAUGCAAUCAAGCCGGUUUUGAGCUAUGAGGAAGGCGAGGACUUUAUUAAAUCCUAUCCCAAUAUUGCUCGAUAUGAUCACUAUAGAGUUUAUCACGUGGAGUUGUCUACGGAACAGCACGUUGCCCUAUUCCAAGAAUUAGAGGAAAAAAGUGACAGCUGCACAUUUUAUGGCCAUGCAAGGCAUCCGCAACAAAAAUUAACCAUCAUGGUGGCCGCCCAUAAAAUAGCCGACUUUGCUGAUUUGCUGCAAACUUAUAAAGUUAAUCAUCAUGUGCUGAGCUACAAUUUUCAAGAAAUUGUUGAUCGGAAUCUUAAAGAAGUGCUCCCCAAGGAUAUCAAUCCGAGAAAUAUGGACUGGCUGCACUACUUUCAUCUCGAAACUAUUUAUUCGUGGAUGGAGUUAUUAGCUGAGGAAAAUCCCAAAGAUCUAACUAUUAUAAACAUGGGAGAAAGUGCCCAAGGUUUGCCGAUCAAAGGAUUAAGUCUUAAAAAAAAUAAAAACAAUGGAACAGCGACAAUAUUUGUUGAAAGUGGCAUACAUGCUCGUGAGUGGAUAGCACCGGCAACAGCAAAUUAUAUCAUCAAUGAACUUCUCUUGUCGAACGAUACAAAGAUCCAGAAGUACGCGAACGAAUAUAAUUGGAUUAUCUUCCCCGUAGUUAAUCCAGAUGGAUACAAAUAUACCUUCGAAGGUGAUCGUAUGUGGCGUAAGAAUCGUGAAAUUUUCGGAAUUUGUCGCGGAGUGGAUUUAAACAGAAAUUAUCCAUUUCACUGGAACACUACAGGCACCAGCGGCGACCCGUGCCGAUAUGAUUAUUCAGGUCCUGCUGCUGCCAGUGAAACGGAAACUAAGAGACUUAUCAAAUUUGUUCAGGAAAACUUACUUAGCGAAAAUAUAAAAACAUACAUCGCUUUACACUCCUAUUCACAAAUGAUUAUGUUUCCGUACGGGCAUACAGCAGAUCGCGUGGAAAACUAUGAUGAUCUCACAGCGAUUGGGAAAAAAGCCAGUGAAAAGAUUAAACAAGUAUCCGGUCGUAUAUACAAAAGUGGCAGUAUAUAUGAAACCAUAUAUCCAUCCAGUGGCGGCUCAAAAGAUUGGGCCCAUGGCGUGUUGAAGAUCCCCAUCACAUUUUCAUUUGAACUGCGAGGUCCGCCCGAUAGUAAGGAUUUAUUUAUUUUACAAGCCGCAGAAAUAAAACCAACUGCCGAAGAGGCAUUUGCAGCAAUUAUUACGAUUGUGGAAGAGUCGGAGUCAAGAGGAUAUUAUUCUCUAAAUUAAAGGAUAAUUCAAUAUUCAUUGAUUUAUUAAAAUACAUAAUUUUUCAUAAUUUAACAAUUAGAUUCUGAUAUUUACACUGUAAGAGCACUUACAAAUUUAAAUGCAAUAAAUAAAUAUAAUCAAUCUA